AUGUCGUCGUCUGUCGUCGUAGUAAUGGCCAGUGACGUGGAUUCAGGCGUUUUUGGUCGAAUUACUUACACCAUAGUAGACGGGAAUGGUCCAGGUCUUUUUACAAUCGACGAAAACACGGGUGAGAUCUUCGUUAUCGGUCAUUUGGACACAGCAACAAGACUUCAUCACCUGGAGAUCUCAGCUCAAGACGGUGCAGGUCUGACGUCAGAUAAUAAUGCCCACGUGUACUUAAGCGUUUUGACCCACAGCCAACAACCGCCAACGUUUGAACAUGCGCGCUAUAGUUUCUCCGUAGGGGAAGAUGUGGUUCCUCAAACUCUUAUAGGAACUGUUAAAGUCAGUGGCAGCAACAGAGGUAAGGAAGAUGUCAGGUAUUCCAUCUACUCUGGCGAUCCUGAAAAAUACUUCAGUAUUAACCCGUCUACAGGGGCCAUCAUUACAAGAAGGACACUUGACCAUGAGACACAUCCCAUUCUUCUGUUGAACGUCCAGGCGACACGCAGUCGGCCUCCAUCUUAUGGCCAUACUCAGGUGAACAUUACCAUUCUGGAUGUGAACGAUAACGCUCCUCAAUUCAAGAGUAUGUCUUUUAAGAUCAGUGUUCCAGAAAACACAGAACUGAACGCUCCUAUAUAUGUUGCUCAAGCAGAUGAUUCGGACAGUGAGGCCAAUGGUGCAAUUCAUUAUCAUAUCAUUCAGAACCCGGAUGGCAUUUUCAGCAUAGACAGCCUAAGUGGUAUCUUAUCGUUACAGAAACGUCUCGACUAUGAAACCCAGCAACGAUACAUUCUGUUGCUAAAGGCAGCAGACACUGGGGUAUCUCCAAAAAGUUCUACAAUGACUCUUACUGUAGACGUACAAGACGUGAAUGAUAACGCCCCUGAAUUUGAGAAGUCCAACUAUCAAAUUAAUGUAUUAGAGUUAUUGGCGAUCAAUUCGCAAUUUCUUCAAGUCAGUGCAACGGAUAGAGACACUGGAAAUAAUGCUAGACUAACAUAUAAAUUGAGUAGUGGAAAUGAAAAGAAAUUUGGAAUUUUUCCAAAUAACGGAUACCUUUAUCUCAAAGAUACCCUGGACAGAGAGGAUACUGAUCGUUAUACUCUCAAUGUCCUUGCUGUGGACAACGGUAUUCCACCUCUGUCUGCCAAUGCAACUAUACUUGUUCGAGUUUUAGAUGCCAACGACAACAGCCCAGAGUUUGAGGAAACAAAGUUUCUAUUUACAGUAGAAGAGAACAUUGAAAGAGGGAAGCUUGUCGGAACUGUGGCUGCCCGUGACAAGGAUCUGGGCAACAAUGCCUCUUUGCGAUAUAGUUUACUGUUGUCAAAUUCCAGUUUCCAAAUAAACCCAAUUACAGGAGAAAUUUUCACGAAAACGACACUGGACAGAGAGAAUAUAUCCAGUUAUGAGCUUACGGCAGAGGUGCGAGACCAAGGAUCACCAUCACGAUCUAACCGCGCUAUGGUGGUAAUCCGGGUUCUGGAUGAAAAUGACAACCAUCCAAUUUUUGUGAUGCCCACGGAUAAAAUAAUUUCUGUGCGCGAAGAACAACCAGUCGGAACCGAAGUGGUACAAGUUGAAGCCAUUGAUGCUGACGAAGGAGAAAAUGCCUCUGUCACAUAUUCAAUUAUUCCAGAACACGAUGGUUCAGCGCACUUUACCAUCCACCACAAACGUGGUGUCAUCACAACUAAAGCUGUGUUGGAUUAUGAAGAAAAGAACGAAUACAAACUAACAGUCGUGGCUCGAGAUAAUGGCUUUGCUAGUCAGGAGGGUCAACUUCAACUUAAAAUACACGUGUUAGAUCUCAACGACAAUCAACCAACUUUUCCUACCUCCGCUUUAACUUUCCGUAUUCCUGAAGGUAUACCCGUUGGCGAAGAAGUAGGAUUGGUACAAGCAGUAGACCAAGACGGUGGUGAAAAUGGCCGCGUUACCUAUUCUAUUAUUAGCGGAAACUUGUAUGGCAUAUUUGAUAUAAGCAGAACAACAGGAGCAUUGUUUACUGUCGAUGAAGUGGAUUAUGAAAUGUCAUCUGAGUACACGUUACAGGUGAAAGCGGUGGAUAGCAGCACAGCCAAUCCUCGCAGCAGUGUGAUUAGUGUAAAAGUGCACAUUGAAGAUAUAAAUGAUUGUGUGCCGACAUUUAAAACCGAUCCAAUUUUAUUCUCCAUUCCAGAAAACACCAGAGAAGACACAAUAAUUUGGAAUUUUAGUGCAACAGAUGAAGACAAUGGAGACAACGGUCUCAUAAAUUAUGCCAUUACUCAUCAAUCACCUUCAAGUGUCUUUAAAGUCGACACCAGUACUGGAUCUCUAACUCUCACCGAAAAGCUUGAUCACGAGUCGUUCCCCGAGUUUAUCAUAAUCAUAACCGCAACUGACCAAGCCAAAGAAAAAAGGGAGCGUCUUUCAAGUAGUGCUACUUGUAAAAUUAUUGUUGAAGACGAAAAUGAUAAUAGUCCUGUCUUUCAAACACGUAGUCGCAUUGAUAUUCUAGAAAAUGAACCAGUAGGUUUUCCUCUCUUACACAUUGUCGCCACGGAUGCUGAUUCUAGAGACAAUGGUCGGGUAACUUAUAUAAUUACAAGUGGCGAUGAAAAUGGAAACUUUGCUUUAGACUAUGAUACAGGUGCGAUGCGUUCUGGCCUUAAUGGAGCAAUUGGAGAGCGGUGGAGUAUAAUAACUGGACUUUUCGGUCACUUUGACAGAGAAAAGAAAUCAUCUUACAAGUUCCAAGUUCGAGCAACUGAUAGUGGACAAUAUGAUGCUCGAUCAGAAAAAGCUCUUGUGCAUAUAACAGUUUUAGAUAUAAAUGACAAUAAACCCAUAUUUAAGAAAUAUCCAUAUAUAGCAUCAGUGUCAGCUCAUGCCCAUCCUGGUGUGCAAGUCAUUCACCUGGAAGCUACAGACCUUGAUCAGGGUCCUAAUGCUGAAAUCCAUUAUAGUUUUAUUUCCCCACCUUUAAAUGCCAAGUUUCACCUGGACAGUCAAAGUGGAGUUGUAACUGUGACAGGGAGUCUUCUUCCAGAUGCAGGCAAGGUGUUUCACAUUGAAAUUACAGCAAAUGAUAAUGGACAACCACCUCAAGCUACUUCUGGGGUCUUAGAAAUUAUUGUUGGAGAUGGAGCACUAGUCACUCCCCCAAAGUUUCAGGACGAAACCUACAGGAUUGAGCUUCAAGAAAAUCCUCCAAAAGGCUUAGAAGUUACCAGUGUGAGAGCUGUUUCUCUUGAUAAUCAGAACACAAUCAUCAAGUAUAGUUUUCCAACAGCAAAUGACAAAGGAGCUUUUACCAUAAAUUCUGAAACAGGGCAUAUCAAAGUACAUGAUCCGAAACAAUUAGAUUUUGAAUCUUCUCCUCAUCUAAGAAUAGCUGUAAUCGCUCAGACAUUAAGUCCACUUCCAGUGUAUGGCUAUGCUUCCUUAAUUGUGCAGUUGAUAGACAAAAAUGAUAACCCACCUCGAUUUUCUCAAGAACGUUACGUGUCUUCUGUUUGGGAGGGCAACCACAAGGGAACAUUUGUUACUCAAGUUUCAGCAACUGAUGACGAUCAGAGAGGAAGAGGUAACAUCAUUUAUCACAUAAUUGAUGGUAACCAUGACAAUGCAUUUGCGAUUGACCCACCCUUCAGUGGAAUAGUUAAAACAAAUAUUGUCUUGGACAGGGAGAUUAGAGACAACUAUUUUUUGACUAUUAUUGCAACAGAUGAAGGACUUCCACAGCUAACAGGAACUUGUGUGCUCAAAAUAACUAUUGUUGAUGUAAAUGAUAAUCAACCAGUGUUUCCCCCAUAUAAUGUAGUCAGCAUCAGUGAAGGUACUGUAGUAGGCACAGUGAUCACCACCAUAACUGCCAAUGAUGUUGACACUAACCCAGCAUUAAUAUAUAGCUUCGCAGAAGGAGGCAACUCUAGAGGAGUUUUCAACAUUGAUCGCUUUAGUGGUCGCAUCACUCUUGCUAAACCUUUGGAUCAUGAAAAACAAGAUCAGUACCAGCUCCAACUCCAAGUAUCAGACUCGGCCCAUCUUGCAGAAACAUAUCUUGCAGUUUACGUAACAGAUAUUAAUGACAACAUACCUGUGUUCAUGCAGCAGAGUUAUCAAGUGCAACUUUCUGAAUUUGUAGAACCAGGUUAUUCUGUUAUUAAGGUAAAUGCCACAGAUCUUGAUUCUGGAGAAAAUGCCAGACUGACAUAUAGCUUAGGAGAACAGACUCAUGCUAAUGGAUUUUAUAUCAACAAAGAUACUGGAAUCAUCUACACGAACAAAACUCUCACAUUUAAUCCUAAGCGACCAAUUAUCCAUCUGAUAGUAAAAGCUCAAGACAACGGUGUGCCACCACUUGCAGAUGUUGCUGCAGUUCAAGUUGAGAUUGUGGAUGUAAACAAUAAUGUCCCAAAAUUUUCACAAUCAGUAUACAAUGCUCAUAUUUCUGAAGAUACUCCCCUUGGAAUUACAGUACUGAAAGUGUCAGCAACAGACCUUGAUGAAUCACGUUCAAAUUAUCAAAUCUCUUAUUUCAUCUUUAGCGGAAAUUUUGGAGGGACAUUUUCAAUCUCUAAAAAUACAGGAGAAAUCAUAUUGGUAAAAAAACUGGAUAGAGAAGAUGUUGAAACUUUUUCAUUACAGGUUGUAGCAACAGAUCGUGGUACUCCUACCUUAAAUACCACAGCAGAAGUUAUAAUCCAGGUUCUUGACGUCAAUGAUAAUCCUCCAUUGUUCAAUCAAAGUCAGUAUGAAGUCUUUUUAUCAGAAUUAGCACCUGUGGGGACAACUGUGCUUAACCUGAUGACAUCGGAUAAAGAUGAAACUGGUCACAGUCGUGUAACUUACAAUAUUACAUCUGGAAACACAGAGAAUAAAUUUCAGCUGAAUUUUAAUAAUGGAAUAAUCACACUUGUUGAAACCCUUGAUUAUGAAUCAGUGCAACAAUACCAUUUUGUUGUUCAAGCUUCUGAUGGUGAUUCAAAACACCCACUUUCUUCUUUAGCUAGCAUAACUAUUCAAGUAAACGAUGAAAAUGAUAAUAACCCAUACUUUCCACUCUUAAUGUAUACAGAGUUUGUGAAAGAAAAUUCUCCUGUUGGCACUUCAGUUUUUAUGGCACAUGCCAAUGAUGGUGAUCGAGGAACUUAUGGUAAACUGAAUUAUUCCAUAACAGAUGGAGAUGGAAAAGACAAAUUCAGCAUCAAUAUGGAAACGGGCAUUGUUUCAACAGAUAUAGUGUUUGAUUAUGAAGCAAAAAAUAGGUUUUACUUUACAAUAAUGGCUAUAGAUAAAGGUGGUAAGUAUACUACUGUUCAAGCUCAAAUAAACAUUGAAAGUAAGGAUGAAUAUCCACCUGAAUUUACACAUAGUUCCUAUCAUUUCAUGGUUCCUGGCAAUGCACCUACUGGCUUUGUGGUAGGUAAGGUGAAAGCUGAAGAUAUGGAUGAAGGAGUUGAUGGUCAUGUCUUAUAUCAUCUACGUGAAUCACAUAGAAACUUCAAAGUCAACGGUACAACAGGUGUAAUUACUAUAAAAUCUCUUUUUAACUAUGAACCAAUAGAAAGUAGACAUGACCAAAGUAGCCAAGAUGUUUCACUUGUUGUGGUAGCUGGAAGUGGUAGACCCUAUUCACUCACCAGCUUAGCCAUGGUUGAGAUUACCAUUGAUUACACUUUAAAUGCUACAUCAGCUGCAUCAGCUGAAGAGAAAGUGGAAGGAAGCCUCCCUGCCUGGGCACUUGGGCUUGUUAUUGUCUUGGCUAUCAUUGCAGUAGUACUUCUUUCUUUAAUUGUUUUCUUGCGAAUGAGAAAUAAGAGAAGUGGUAAGCCUAGUGUUAUCCAGGGCUUUGAUAAUUCAUUUGAUACCAUAGAUAUUCGCUCACCUCCAUCACAUACUUCAGGAAUCUCCCAAUUUCCUCCUCACUACAAUGAUAUUUCCCAUUUUAAUCCAGCAAACCGAACACAGCACAUUAACGGAACAACUUCAGAGGUUUCAGACCAGUCUCACUCUGCUUCUAGUGGUCGAGGAUCUGCUGAAGAUGGAGAUGUAGAGGAUGAGGAGAUAAGAAUGAUCAAUGAAGGACCUCUCCUUCAGCAACAUAAAAUCCAGAGACUUACUGUCCCUGACUCGGGUAUUCAUCCAGAUGAUGACAAUCUGUCUGAUAUUUCUGUCCAAAAUACACAAGAGUACUUAGCACGACUUGGUAUCAACACUUCACAUUCUGAUCCACAUAAUAUUCAGGACUUUAAUAAAAUACAAAAUGCUCAUAGCGUAGAAAGCAUGCACAUGUUUGAUGAAGAAGGUAGUGGAGAAGGAAAUAGCAUGAACAUUGGAAAUCUUAUUUAUUCCAAGUUAAAUGAUGUUGGUACAGAAGAAAACAAUGCUAUUAUGGAUGGAACACGUGCAUUUGGUUUUGGGGAUGAUGGUGAGCCCUCCAUGACUGGGUCUCUAAGUUCUAUUGUACAUAGUGAGGAAGAGCUUACAGGGAGCUAUAAUUGGGACUACCUUUUAGAUUGGGGACCACAAUACCAACCCCUUGCCCAUGUGUUUGCUGAAAUUGCUCGAUUAAAAGACGAUGAUGUUCCUCCAUCUUUUUCCAAUUCUCCAAAGAAAACUCUUAAUCCUCAAGUUAAAACUUUGCCUCCACCCCUAAUAACAAAUGUGGCCCCAUGUUCCAUUGCUCCUGUAGCACUCAGUUCAGGACACACUAGUCAGACCACAUCCCUACCAUCAUUGCCACGUUCCCCAAUUAGCCAUGAAAGUACAUUUUCUUCACUAGCAAUGUCUCCCAGUUUUUCUCCAGCACUUUCUCCCCUUGCUACACGUUCACCAUCUAUUUCACCAUUAGUACCUUCAGGAGGAGGAGUGGCUACAAUUUCUGGGUUGGUAACUCCACAUUAUUCUCGAUACCAGAGGUCAUCUAAUCCUGCUACUAUUGCAUCAUCGGGAUCAGAAACUGAACUCCAAAUAUGAAUGUAUUCCUAAAGAAUUAUCCACCUUCUUUCUAAUUUAUUAUUGUUUAAUAAUUUGUUCUUUUGUGCAGGCAUAGUGCAAUUGCAUUGUUAAAUAUGUAAACAGGUUGUAAAUAAAACAUUGCCUAUGUUUGCUCCAAAUUUGACAUCACCAUUAUUCUCAAUGUAAGGGGCCAAAACACCAACAAAAUUUUUCUUCCUAAAUACAAAUACCAUUUCGGCAAACUUUUUCCUCAAAUAUUUAAUGUGCUAUAAAUUAUUAAAUCCCAGGUGCAAUAUAAUUCUAUUUGGGAUUGGAGAUCUUUUUCAACAGUACUUAAAGGUUAAAUUAUAAUAGUGUUUAAAAUAACUACACUCCUGGAAAGAAAAAUGCAGUAAUUUAAUUGUGAUGGAUUUUGUCAAUAAAUCAUUAAAAGCCCAAAUUGUGUGAUGCUUUAUGAUAAUAUAGCUUGUAAAAAUGUAUACAGAUCUUGUAAGAUAACACUGUCUGUUAUCAGUGUAUCCUUUUUUCAUGUGAUACAAAAUGCCUUUUGGCUUUUAUAUUAUUUUCUAUAAGAUAUUUAAUGUUUAUAAUCCAAGCUCUCUCUAAAUGAAAAGUAACACACACAUAUAUACAUAUGUGUUUGAGAUCAUUAUGAGUUCUGAAUGGCAAAUUUGUAACUGGAGGAUUUCUGGAUUGAAACAAAGCAGAAUAUAUGCUGAAUUUUUAUACAAUAACUACUUAAAAUAAUUUACAUUAAUGAAGCUUUUGUAAAAAAAC